UGUGAUCAUUCAUGGCCAUGUAAAGUGGUGAGCACACCGCGGCCAGGCGAGCCUGCAUGCGCCAACCAAUUUUCUGCAAACAGAAUAAAAAUUGCAUUUUUUCCCCUCUCGGUGUAGACAUCAUCCGGUUCCCAUCAUUGGGGUAGGGAGAGGAGAGCCAAAAUAUCGAACCGGGCAACCCAACCUACUGGGAGGGAGGGAGGCCAUGUGGAGCUUGCCAAGUGUGUGAUUUGCCUCUUUGGAAGAAUCCCAUGUCAUGUGUUCCUUCAACAAAUAAUCCUACCUGGCUGUUCUCUUCUGCCCAAACGCAGUCCCCCCAUCAAAGAAUUGCUCCAAUUGUUCGUAGUUUCUUUGUUUCAUUCUUGUAGAUUUCUUGGAAGCUCCUGGAGAGAAUAGAGGUAUGUGUACUCAUGUAUGCUAUGCGGCUACUAGGUAACUAGCAAGCUCCAAUUCCUCCAGAUUCUUCCUCUUGUUCUUGUUGCUGUUCAUCAAUCCAAUUACUAGCUCAGUGAGCAGUACACGGAGCUUAGGCUACAGAGCGUAGUUACGGUUUUCCAGAUUUGUUGUUGGAGAAUUCGUAGCUAGAUCUAACAUUCGGUUUCAGGACAUAGAGCGGCAAGAAUCUUCAGAGGUAUAUCCAUCCAUCCAUCCACCCACCCUGUGCUUCCUCAGAUUCCUCUUGGGCAAGAAUUGCAGUCGAACGUUUAGCUUGCAAGCAAUUCCAUUUCGGUUGACCUGAAAUCAACCAGCAGCACAGCAAUGGCGAUGGAGCCUGCGGUGAAGGUUGCGCUGGGUUCUGCGGCGUUCGCCAUCUUCUGGGUGCUCGCGGUGUUCCCGGCGGUGCCGUUCCUUCCGAUCGGCCGCACGGCGGGCUCGCUGCUGGGCGCGAUGCUGAUGGUGCUGCUGGGCGUGAUGAGCGCCGACCAGGCGUACGCGGCGGUGGACCUGCCGAUCCUGGGCCUGCUCUUCGGCACGAUGGUGGUGAGCGUCUACCUGGAGCGUGCCGACAUGUUCCGGCACCUGGGCCACCUGCUCUCGUGGCGGAGCCAGGGCGGCCGCGACCUGCUGGUGCGCACCUGCGCGGUGUCGGCGCUGGCGUCGGCGCUCUUCACCAACGACACCUGCUGCGUGGUGCUCACCGAGUUCAUCCUCAAGAUCGCGCGGCAGAACAACCUGCCGCCCAAGCCCUUCCUCCUCGCGCUCGCCUCCAGCGCCAACAUCGGCUCCGCCGCCACGCCCAUCGGCAACCCGCAGAACCUCGUCAUCGCCGUCCAGAGCGGCAUCUCCUUCGGCCAGUUCGUCUUCGGCAUCCUCCCCGCCACGCUCAUCGGCUCCGUCGUCAACGCCGCCAUCCUGCUCUGCCUCUACUGGAAUCAGCUUGACGGCGGCAAGCCCACCGAAGUGGUCGUCGCCGUGCCCACCGAGGUCGUCGAGGAGGAGGACGUCACCUCGCACCGCUUCUCGCCCGCCACCAUGUCGCACCCCCGCUCCCACCGCCCGGGAACCUCAUCUUUGGGCUCCGACGCCGUGGGCAGUGAGGUGAAUCACUAUCACGAGCCCGUCAAGCCGGACGCAGCUACCAACGGCAAUGGCUACCACGACGACUCCGCCAAGCAGCAGCAGCAGCUGCCUGCCUUGACCGAGGGCAUCCACCACAGGCGCGGUGGCGCCGCGGCAGUCGGAGCGGUGAACGGGGCGGGGAAGGACGGCCACUCCUUCUGGUCGUUGGAGGAGAAGGAGGUGCCCAUGGAGCCAUGGAAGAGCAAGCUCUGGAAGACGUGCGUCUACGUCAUCACCCUCGGCAUGCUCGUCGCGCUGCUGCUCGGACUCAACAUGUCGUGGAGCGCCAUCACCGCCGCCCUCGCGCUCAUCGUGCUCGACUUCAAGGAUGCCCGCCCCUGCCUCGAGAAGGUUUCCUAUCCACUGUUGCUCUUCUUCUGUGGAAUGUUCAUUACUGUGGAUGGCUUCAACAAGACCGGCAUUCCUAGCGCAUUGUGGGAAUUCAUGGAACCCUAUGCACGAAUCGAUACACCGAGCGGAACAGCCAUUCUUGCCCUGGUCAUUCUUUUCCUCUCUAAUGUGGCGUCAAAUGUUCCAACCGUUCUCCUGCUCGGCGCGCGUGUGGCGGCCUCGGCAGCGGCAAUAUCCCCUGCGGCAGAGACCAACGCCUGGCUCACCCUGGCCUGGACGAGCACGGUGGCCGGAAACCUCUCCCUCCUGGGCUCGGCCGCCAACCUGAUCGUUUGCGAGCAAGCGCGCAGGUCCGAACAGUACGGGUACACCCUCUCCUUCUUCAGCCACCUCCAGUUCGGGUUCCCGGCAACGCUCAUUGUCACAGGAAUCGGGCUGCUGCUCAUCAGAAGCUACUGAAAAAUGGAGCAAAGAAGAGCGUGCCAAUAUGUAUAUGUCUAGAAAAAUUUUGUGAAUUUUCGUCGUCACAGGUCGUUUGGAUUUGUACAAGAUUCGUUGUGGGAUUAUCUUUCUGUUGCCUCCUAAUGACGAAGCACAGAUAUCAGGGUGCUUGCUUGGCGGCAUUUUGAGUUGUACAUUUUAGUAUUGAAAAAGGUUGUACAUGUUGGAGUAGCAGGUAUCAUAUCAUAAAAAGGUGUAAAUUAUAUGUUCAGCAUCCUACGUGUAAGUCCGAUAUGUCGAUGUCGAAUAAUGUUACAGCUAGGGAAUCGAGUGAAGUGCAUGCCAUUGUCUUUCUUCUUU